AUGAAAUGGCUAUAUAACCCUAUAGUGCUAUUAGCCUACUUGUUUGUCCUUAGUGGAGCAGCAUAUACACCCGAAGUUAGGCUCUCGACUCACGAUGUGUUACCAUCUGCAAUGCAAUACUUUGAUGACUCACCCACUAUACUUUCUUUAAAGAAUGAUAGACUCUGGAUCUCACAAGAUGAUGGGAAACUGUUUGAAGAGGUUGGUGCAACUAAGGACCAGCAUGUUGUCUCAUUUCAAAUUGAUCCUUUUCUCAAGGAUAGAGCAUUUGUCAUGACAAACACAAAGACCCAUUUUUACACAGAAAACCAAGGAAAAUCGUGGAAAAAGUUUGAUGCACCAAUCUAUGAGUUGAAAGAAAACGGAAUGGCCUCAGUACCAUCAAUUGAGUUCAACGCAGCUGACUCUAAUUUAUUGAUCAUUUCUAAUUACCAAUGCCCAGACUCGGGCAAGUACUCGCACAGGUGUGAGCACAAGUAUCAUUACACUACUGAUGGGUUCAGGUCCGUAUCGAAAGAGUUACCAAUUAAAGCUCAUGUUUGUCGGUUUGCUAGAUCUAAUCCCAAAUCUCAAAUUGCCAAGGUAUCAUCCAUAUAUUGCGCGGUUAAUGAAUUAAACUCCUACAAACAUAUUGUACGAUCAACUCUCAUUAGGUCAGACAAUUUUGGCAAGGAUCAAAACGUGGUUGACCUCAAUGAGUCUGGAAGCGGUGCUAUAAUUGAUAUUAAAGUCGAGGAAAGCUUUUUAACCGUUGUGCAAAAAUUGGACAAGUUUAGUGAGAAUUCAAAGAUUGAUAUGUACGUGUCUCGUGACGGUGAAAGUUUCUUUAAAGCUGAUUUGCAAGUGGAUAUUAAAUAUGGAGUGAUGUCAUUUUUGGAUUCGUCUCCAUCAUCCUUUUUUGUGCAAACUACAGACUAUAGUAGCAAGAUGUCAGAUGUCGCGAAAUUAUUUAGAUCAGACUCGAGCGGUGUCCACUAUAAGCUAUUACUUGAUAAUAUUGCAGAAGGAAUAGUCAUGAAGGUUGAGAAUAUUGACGGUGCAUGGUUAGCCAAUACUGCGGUGGACAAAGAGUCUGAUAGCGAUGACUUGAAUUCUUUCUUGGAUUUCUUGUUAGGCGGAGGUUUCGCAAAAGAUAUCGUGACAAAAUUCUCGUUUGAUGAUGGUGAUACUUGGCAACUACUUAAACUGAAUAAUGAAAAGUGCAAACUUGCUGACGGGUGUUCAGUACAUCUUUGGUCAUUUAGCGAAUAUAGCGGUAAAGGAAAGUUUGUUACUGGACCAACACCUGGUAUUUUGAUGGGUAUAGGAUCCGAAGGGAAACACCUUGGAAAAUAUGAAGAGAUGAACACCUAUGUUUCAAGAGAUGGAGGUGCUUCGUGGGAUCUUGCAAUUGAUACCCCAUGCGUGUUUUCGUUUGGUGAUCAGGGAAAUAUCAUUAUGGCUGUACCAUACCACGGUGUAAAACAAGAGAGUCCCGCAAAUUAUUUUUAUUUCUCACUUGACCAAGGACUUAGCUGGGAAAAGGUUGAGUUAGAAGAAGGCAUCUUUGUGCUUGACAUAUUGACAACUUUGGACGGAACAUCGCGUAAAUUUUUAAUUGAGGGAGUGAAACCAGAAGAAGGUAAACAGGGAUAUACAAGAGCAAAAGAGGUGCAGUAUUUUGUAGAUUUUGCAAAUGUCCAUGAUGGUAAGGUAUGUUCUGAUUCUGAUUUUGAAGAAUGGACAGCAAGGAAAAUAGAUGAGGAUUCAUCCCCUACUUGUGUUUAUGGUCACAGGGAGAAAUUUAGAAGGAGAAAAGCCGAUGCAAAAUGCUCUGUCGAUAAAUUGUUUGAAGACAUCAAAGUCAUUGAUGAUCCUUGCGAAUGUACAGAGGCUGACUUUGAAUGUUCAAUCGGAUUUAUGCCAAGCGAAAAAGGAGAUGGGCAGAAAUGCGUGCCAGAUCCGACUGCAAUCAAAGCUCUUUGUGGCUCAAGCAAAAGUAGUGUGCUUGAAAUCUAUGAUAAGACAUUGGUUCAAGAAGACAAAUGUAAUAUGGGCGGUAAGAAGAUUGAUGAUUUUGCCACUAUGGAGAAAUUCAAGUGUUCAGAGUACAACAAACCUGGCGAUGAUAAUAGUGGUGAAGUUUCAAAAAUUGUUGUGAAGUUGAACGAGAUUGAAGGAAGAUUAUCGCAAUAUGCAUAUGUUGGAACCGAUGACGAUAAGCUUGCCGAUAAUGUAGUUUUAAAGACUAGUGAAGACCGGGCGUAUAUCUCAAAUGAUGGUGGUAUUUCGUUUGUCAAAGUUCCUGUUCAUGACAGAAUUUUGGGCUUUUUUACAGGUCCAGUAUCAGGUCAAGUGGUGCUCUUGACAGAUUCUGAGUAUAUGUAUGUUUCGCAAGAUGGUGGUGCUUUAUUCGAGAGAAGAAAGAUACCAGCUGAAUUAAGCAGCCAGAUCUCGAGACCAAUCGCAUUCCACAAAACAGAUGCUGAUAAAUUCAUAUGGAUUGGGUCUGAUUGUUCUAAAGGCAACUGUGAACCUGUCGCGUAUUAUACAACAAACGGUGGUCAGAGUUUUAAGGAGUUGAUGACAGGUGCAAUUACAUGUGACUAUGUUGGUUCUGUGUUUGAGCAGCCAGAAGAGAACUUGGUAUAUUGCACAAAAGUUGAAGACAACAAUUUGAGAAGCUUGUGGUCUAUCAAUGGACAGAAGAAUCCAGAAAAACUUUUUGACAAUAUUGUAGGAUAUGCUGUAACUGGCCAUUAUGUGGUUGUUGCAGUUGUUCAAGAUAAAUCAUUGGAGGCUAAGGUAACAGUGGAUGGUAAAACAUUUGCAGAUGCUGAUUUCCCAAAUGACCUUAAAGUUGAAGCUCACCAGGCGUACACUGUGUUGGACUCAACAUCUGGCUCGAUCUUUAUGCACGUGACUACCAGUUCCAAGAGAGACUUUGAAUACGGCACAUUGCUCAAGUCUAAUUCGAAUGGUACGUACUUUGUUACCUCAUUACCAAAUGUCAACCGUAAUGAUGUUGGGUUUGUUGAUUUUGAUAAGAUUGAGGGAUUAGAAGGGUUAAUAAUUGCAAACAUUGUGGCAAAUUACAAAGAGGAUAAGGCUCCCAAGAAGUUGCAAACACAAGUGUCUAGAAAUGAUGGAAGUGAAUGGGGCUACUUUAUUCCUCCACCUACAGACUCUAAAGGUGUGAAAUACAAGUGCAAUGGAUCUCCGCUUUCCAAGUGUGCUUUGCAUUUACACGGAUUUACGGAAAGAGCUGAUUAUAGAGAUACUUACUCGUCUGGAUCAGCUACUGGGUUCCUUAUUGGCGUGGGAAAUGUUGGAGAAUACUUGACGGAUUACAAUGAAGCUGCGACAUUUUUGAGUAUUGAUGGUGGAGUUACUUGGAAAGAAGUUCAAGAAGGUGUUUAUCACUGGGAGUUUGGCGAUCAAGGAACAAUCUUGGCGCUUGUAAGUGCAAACGAUGACACUGAUUCUAUUAUUUAUUCGCUAGACGAAGGAAAGACAUGGUCGGAGUACAAGUUUUCUGACAAGAAAGUUAAAGUUCUUGAUUUGGCUACUGUGCCCACAGACACAUCUAGGAAGUUCCUCAUUUUUGCUGUUGAUCCAAAAGACUCUCGCGAAACUUUAUCGUUCUCCAUAGAUUUUACCAACAUAUAUGCUCGUCAGUGCCAGUUGGAUUUAGACCAUCCGGAUCUGGAUGACUACGAAUAUUGGUCACCCAUACACCCCGAAGGCCAAGACAAGUGUCUUUUUGGUCACGAGGCCAAGUAUCUUCGUCGAUUGUCCAACAAAAACGAUUGUUUUAUUGGCCCAGCUCCUUUAUCAGAAGCGUAUAAACAAAUUCGUGUUUGUCCAUGUACUCGACGCGAUUACGAAUGCGAUUAUAACUACGUUAGAGAUCCACUGGAUAACACAUGUAAGCUUGUUCCUGGGAUGUCAGCAGGUGAUAGAAAAAAGAGCAUGUGCGAAAAACCCGAUGCAUUUCAAUACUUUGAUAGUACUGGGUACCGAAAAAUCCCUCUUUCAACUUGUGUUGGAGGUAAACAAUUCGACAAAUGGGAACCAAAAGCUUGUCCAGGUAAGCAAAAAGAAUUCAAUGAAUACUAUGGACGCGAUGUCAAAGGAGGCAAAUUGUUUAUCUUACUCUUUGUGCCGAUUGUUGUGUUUGUAUUUGCUACUUGGUUUGUUUACGAUCGUGGUAUCAAAAGAAACGGAGGUUUCCAAAGGCUUGGACUGAUUAGGUUGGAUGAAGAGGAUUUCAGCGAUGGGUUCCAUCCAAUAGAGGACAACAAAAUUGAUGUGGUUGUUAACCGGAUUGUCAAAGGGGGCGUUGUUGUUGCAGCAGGUGUUGUGGCUACAUUGAAAACUGUGAGAAAAAUAGAUUCACUUUUGUUGAAUAAGAUUGGAGAUGUUGUGUUUAGGAGAAACACGGGAAGAAGAAAUUACGUAAACAUCCCAGAAGAAGAUGAUGAACUAUUUGGUGAUUACGAAGAUGGCGACGAAGAUGUGGAUGAAGAAUUACAAGAUGGUGCUAGGUAUAGUUCACAAUACCACCGUGAUGUUGAUCAUGAUCAGGAAAAUCUUUCUGAUAAUAAUAAGAAGAAGAAGAAUAAUUAUGAUGAUGAUGAUGAUGAUGAUGAUCACGAAAUCUUUAGACACAAGUAUAGUGAUUUCGACGAUGCUGAAGAUUUAGGUGCUGAUCAUCUAGUCAUUGGCAAUUCAACAAGAACCACCAGCAAUGAAAGACUAUUCGACAUUGACGACGCAGAUGAUGUGGAUGAUGAAGACGAGGUUUUUGAUAAGAAAAAAAAUGCAAAUGACGAAGAAGCACAAGAAUAG